AUGAAACUCCACCCCGUAGGCCUCUUCCUGCUCUCUUGCACCUGUCUGCUACUAUGUGCUGCCGCGCCGGUGACGGUGAUGGUGAGAGCAGGCAUCCGGCGUGAAGCUGAAGCGCUAGUGAAUUGGAAGGCUAGCUUGGUCAGUGCGGAUGACUCCCUUGGAUCAUGGUCGUUGGCCAACUCCACCAGCCUUUGCAAGUGGACGCACAUCACUUGCAACUCGGCUGGGCACAUGACAGGGCUCCAUUUUAUGGAGGCAAGUUUGAACGGCACACUUGACAGGUUCGACUUCUCGGCUUUUCCCCACCUGAAGAAUCUCACCUUGAGCAGCAAUGGUCUAUAUGGUACAAUUCCAGCAGGGAUUGGCAACCUGACGAGCUUGGCCCGGUUGUAUAUCUUCAAUAAUCCGUCUUUGAGGGGUGCCAUUCCGCGCAGCAUUGGACAGCUGAAGCACCUUUCCGCACUGUAUCUAUUAUACCUGGGGCUCGAUAGCAAUCUACCUCAAGAGAUUGGUAACUUGACGACCUUGGAGGAGCUCCAUCUUUACUCGGUUACUUUGACCGGGUCAAUUCCACCAACAAUUGGGGUGCUCGUGAAGCUCCGCGUGCUCAGCAUGCAAGGGAACAAUCUGACAGGGAGCAUCCCACUUGAGAUUGGAAACAUGACACAACUAAACAUCAUGAGCUUAUGGUCUAACUAUUUACAAGGGCAGCUACCAGGUACCAUCUCUAAUUUGGUGUCACUCCAGGAAUUGUCUCUGUCAGAAAACCAGCUCGGAGGCCACAUCGUCCCUGAGCUUGGGAAUAGCAGCCUCCUGGAGACAGUUGAUAUUGAAAUGAACAACUUCUCCGGGCUGUUCCCGUCAUCCAUUUGUGUAGGAGGACGACUGAGUAUUGUCAGUGCUAGGUCCAAUGGAUUCACGGGCAUUCACCACCAGACCUUCCGAAACUGCACAUCCCUGAUGUUUGUUGACUUCACGGCAACCAACAUUGUUGCAGAUAUAAAGGACUGUGUUGGCGAGCAUCCAUGGGAGCUUCGCAUGAUGACUUUGGGUCAAAAUCACUUGUAUGGCACGCUUCUCACAGAUGGGGGCAAGGUAUUCAUUUGUAACUCUACUUAUUUAAGCUUCCUAGACCUAUCAAACAAUUUAUUAGAUGGAGGUCUCCCCAAGUGUUUGUGGGACAUGCCAAGUUUGGGAUACAUGGAUCUUUCUAGCAAUUCUUUCAGUGGUGUAGUUCCCUUUUGGAAGACUUGCAACAAUAAUCUUGUAUGUUUACGCCUAGCCAAUAACCAUUUCGAAGGAACCUUUCCUUUGGGUCUUAGGAAAUGCAAAAACCUUAUCACUCUAGAUCUUGGAGGCAAUAAUUUCUCUGGUAGAAUACCUUCUUGGGUAAGCAAGAGCUUGCCAAAUCUCAUUGUUCUUCGAUUAUAA